GGACAUCUUCGAAGUAAGUCUUUGUGGUACUUAUCGCUAUCAGCUAAUCUGGCGAUCAGGCCUGCCUAGCCUGUGUCUGUCUGGUGAAUGGCAAUGGCGAGACUUUGUUGGGGUCAUGCCGAACCUGUCACUUGACGGAGGAGCUGUCAAAAACGUCGCAUCGCCCGUCUUCUCCGGUGUUUUGCUCGUAGAUCUACGGAGGCUCAUUUUUAAUUCAUUGUCCACGAGAUCCUCUAAAGUUUAGUGAUGUUAUGAUUGUUUGCUUCCCACCAAAAAAGCGACGGGUGACCGAUGCAGCUGGUAUAGAAGCAGCAUGCACACUAACUCUUCGUGGUCUGCAAUGCUAGCCGGAUCUAUUCUAAUUUAGAGUGAGUAACGACGUUGUGCAACUGGUAAAAUAAUCCGCUUUGCAUCGUUUGUUAGUUUUCUUGAUCACUUGACGUGACCGUCUCCAGUUCACAAUGGACCAUCGCCAACUCGUCUUGCAGCCAGUAACACCACUAGUCCAUUGCAAUGCGCCCAUUCGUCCCGUUCCUCCAGGAGAUGGUAGUGCUCGUGCUCCGACCACGCACCCUGGAUUCUCAUUGAUCUCGCCGGAGCAAGUAUUAGUUACCUCGCCGCCACGCGUUCACACUUCGAGUUCUCCGGCAACGACCCAUCCGAUAGCGGUAGCGAAUGGUUGGUCUCCGCAUCAGCAGCGUGGGUUGGCAACUACGACAACAAGACUUACUGACGUUCCUGCCGGAAGCCAGCACUCGCUGUCGUUGGCAAUGAGCGGCAACGCCAGUGUCAGUGGCGGUGGUGAUGGGUUCCCCAUUACUGGCAUUAGACACACAGGCAGUAGCAGCGUUGGCCUGAGUUCAUUCGGGACGUGUUUUGAUCGGGAAGGUCGAUGUGUCAACGAGUAUGAGCUACACAAGAUAAUCUACAUACAUGGAAUUGAGAGCAGUGCCCGUCCUGUUGUCUGGCCAUGCUUGCUGGGAGUUUACACAGCGGAGAUGACCAUCGAUCAGCGGCAGAAACACCUUGCCACACUAAGGACCGAGUACAACCAGCUGGUCAAGCAAGUGGAACGGCCUCAGUUUUCCAGUGGACAAGACUUAGCAGCACGCAUCAAAGACAUUGAGAAGGAUGUCCCUCGCACCGACCGCCACGUCGCAUUCUAUGCCAAGGAAGAUGGUGAUGAGUUGGCUGCGCUGCGACGCAUCCUUGCUAGCUAUGCCGCAUACAACCCAGGACUAGGCUAUGUGCAAGGUAUGAAUGAUGUAGCGGCGGUCGUGCAGCUAGUGAUGAGAGAUGAAGUGCUGACCUUCUGGUGCUUUGUGAAAGUGAUGGAGAGAAUGGGCUGUACCUUUGUGGACCUGGCCUGCGGCACACUCAAUGAACUAGCCAUGCUGAUGGAGCACGUUGAUCCUCAACUACACCAGCAUUUGACUUGGCUGUCUGGUGGCAAUAUCUGGAAGUUCUGCCUGCGGUGGGUGCUGCUGGGCUUCAAGCGAGAGUUGCCCAUGAAUGAUGUCAUAGAUCUGUGGGAGCGGGUUUGGUCUCGGCACACCACGGUCAACCUACUGGUCUACAUAGUCGCUGCACUUCUCCAACAGAACCGCUUCACGCUCAUGUCGCACCGUUCCGAGGAGGACCUGCAUCAGUUUGCAGUUCACAUUGGAAGUCGGCUGCACGUGAAGAAUCUCAUUCAGAGUGGUCAGGCGCUUGUGUUGGAGUUCAAACCGCCCUCUAGGCAUGCCAGUGGUAGCGAGGAACUACCGCCGAGCCAGGAGAUUGCACUGGCUCCGCCGAGAAAUGGAUUUGUGCCGCGGGCAGACUCCUCCGCUCAGCAGCGCCACGCACAGGUGAAGUCCGCACUGACACUGUCUGAUCCAGCCACACACUACUCCAACCGGACACAUGCCAGCAACACCAGUGCCGUAGCCGCUCCAAUGCUACCGGGAACACAGUCGCCAGUGUCACCAGUCACCAGUCUGGCGAGCCACGCUGCAAUGUCCGAUCACGGCCGGCUUGCAUCAAUGGCUGGCAACAGUCACAACCCACUGCAGUCUAUGCCAGGGAAUACACCCUCUCCCAGUACUGCAGUUCAGUUUGACCUGGUUACUGUCCCUCCCGAGUCCAAGCCGCAUAGCACAACAUCUUCAUCACAUUGGUUACCCGGUAGUGGAUCUGCGCCGGUGUUAGUCUCGCCAACAUAUCCUCGCACAGUCAGCACAGAGCUUAACAUGCCAAGUCAGUCCCUUGGUGUGGCGGCCAGUAAUGCUGUGUCUAUGCAGGGGAGUUACACUCAAGCUGGUGGAGCUCACUAUGCAUACACUGAUACCAGUGGCACAGCAGCUCCAAUCAGUGAACCAGGGGCCGCGGGUUCUGCCCGGGACCAGCACGCCAGCAUACAGAUCACGCCAGGCAACAACUACAGCUUCGGAGGCCCCCAGCAGUCGACACAGUACACCUCUCCACCAACAAAUGCCACAGAUGCGUACAGUCCCAUGUUGGACGGUGCUAAAAGUCAACUGUCUCAAAGACUGCUGCAAGGGCCAUCAACCACAGGUUUGACGGAGCUGCUAGAAAAGAUCGAUUUGUCGGGACUCUCUAACAUGUUCUACUCCAAGCCUGGCAGCAGCCAUGGACACAGCUCCAGCCGUGCGCCAGGAGACAUGAACUUUGUGUGAGUGGAUCAGUGAGCACGGUGGUACUGUGCAGCUGGACAGUAGAGCUGUAUUCACUGUAUGCAGUGCCCGCCUUACUUUACUUAGAUUAGAAUGUCACUGGCCAGCAUCUCAACAAACUGGCUGAUUAGCUGCUGGUGCGUAUGUGAAGAGUUUAUAAAAAUUAAUGCAAAAUGCGACAUAUUCAUUUUCAUCACUUUUCGGAUACUGUAUUGACCAAAAAAGCAUUCAUCAAUUUUAUGUGCUGUUUGUGACGUAUCCAAACUAAAUCCAUAUCUGGCCACCAAUUUUGAAGGGGUUCUAUCCGGUCAGAUUUUGAAUGUGAAAUUUUGCCUGAAGGUGCCUUUGUAGAGUGUUAGCUAAUCAGGUCCAGGACGCAUGUUUACCCUCCAUUGCUCUGCUUCGACUACCAUAUUCCUGCAAUCCACUGGUAUACGUUC